CCCUUGGAAGAGCUAAGUGAAUUCUAUCCGUAAAUUUCUUAAGUGAUCCAUCUGAGUUAAUGGAUGGUUCAUGUAAGCAUUUCAUCUCGUUGAGCUUGGCCUGGCUAGCUUUCUUCUGUUUGUGCUUUACUUUUGUCUCAGCAGAGCUGCAGCGAUUCCAACAGCCAGCAAAAGCCGAUGGGUCACUUGGCUUUUUGGUGAUAGGAGACUGGGGAAGAAAAGGAGCUUAUAAUCAAUCGGAAGUGGCCCUUCAGAUGGGGAAGGUUGGAGAGAAACUAAGCAUAGACUUCGUGGCCUCGACUGGCGACAAUUUUUAUGACAAGGGGCUGUCCAGCCCAUGUGACCCUGAUUUCAAGGACUCAUUCACCGAAAUCUACACUGCAAACAGCUUGCAAAAGCAAUGGUAUAGUGUUUUGGGGAACCACGAUUACAUGGGAAAUGUGCGGGCACAGUUGAGCCCCAUUCUCCGGAGGAUAGACAGCAGAUGGCUUUGCCGAAGAUCUUUUAUAGUUAACACCGAAAUCGCGGAAUUGUUCUUCAUCGACACCACUCCAUUUGUUGACGAGUACUUCCGAAACCCAAAGCACCAAAAAUUUGACUGGAGAGGAGUGAUUCCCAGGAAGAAAUACCUCAGGCGGGUUCUAAAGGACGUGGAAUCGGCACUGAGGGAGUCGGUUGCUAACUGGAAAAUAGUAAUUGGACAUCAUCCCAUCAGAAGCAUGGGGCACCAUGGUGAAACCAAGGAGCUCAUAAUGCAGCUUCUACCAGUCCUCGAGGCAAACAAUGUCGAUAUGUACAUCAAUGGGCAUGAUCACUGCUUGGAACACAUCAGUAGCAUCACAAGCCCACUCCAAUUUUUAACCAGUGGAGGAGGUUCAAAGGCAUGGAAGGGUGACUUUCAUUAUUUAGACCGAGAUGAAAUGAAAUUCUAUUAUGACGGCCAAGGAUUCAUGUCUGUAGAACUAACUCAAACCAAUGCCAGGAUUGUCUUCCAUGAUGUUUUGGGCAAAGUUCUGCAUAGCUUAGAUCUAUCCAAGCAACUCUACACUGCAAUGUAGUUUUUAUAGUUUUGAGAUUGAAGAAUAAUCCAGCAAGUCACUGCCUUGGAAGAACAUCCAAAAAUGUUUGUGAAAAUGAAAAAAGAAAAUAGAAAAAGGUAACAAAAAUAAACAGGAAUGGCAGCCACUCACAUCAGAGAUCUUUUUUUGUUCAUAGGCCUGAGUGUAGCUAGGUGUUACGUUUAUGGCAGUUCUCUGAUCUGAAAUUCUUGAUCAAGCAAGAUACAAUAGAGAAUAUUGAAUAAAGAAGAGAAGAGAAGAACUCCCUAAGCUUCAUUAGUUUAAUCACUUAAUUAAAUUCUUUGUAUUCUGCAUCAAGGCGUUUCUUGCAAUACAAUAGUAUCUGAAAUUCUGAAUUUGCUGUAAUACCCAACACCCAAAUACGUCGACUCAUUGGGACAAUUGACACUCUAAUAAAGUACCAUUGGGACAAUUGACACUCUAAUAAAGUACCAGAAUGCUUCGCAUAUGAGUCAAAUCAGACCAUAAAACUCACCUAAAUGUAAGUGUGCUUUAAAGCCUGCCAAUUAAAAGCAGCAAACAUCUCAAAGUUACUGCCGUUAUUCAUCCAAUAUGAUAUUUGCCUUCGCAAAAGACAGCACCUAUAAUCACUAAUUUAUAUUUAUUCCAUGAAAUCAAAAAGAUUUAGCACCCAGAAACCUCAAGUGGCCUUCUUUAUCCUUCAGCCAUCUCAACAAUACAGGUAAUUCAG